GCAACGCAGGGAACCAGGUCAUUCGGUUGCCAGUGGACCCACUGUUCAGACGUGGAGUGCUUGCCUGCUGCUGAGAAGGUCUCUGUACAAAUCAUGGCUACCACAAUGUGCCAGUGCCUGGGCUUUGGCAUCUCCGCCCUAGGCUUCGCCGGGACCAUCGUUGCCACUGCGUUGAACAUGUGGAGCACACAGGACUUGGGCCAGGAUCUAGUGACCUCGAUUUACAAAUACAUGGGUCUGUGGAAAACGUGCAUGCAGCAGACAUCCGGCUACACGGAAUGUCGCCCCUUCUACACCGUCCUGGGGCUUCCAGCCACCUUCCAGGCCGUCCGCGCGCUCAUGAUCGUCGCCAUCGUUCUCGCUUUAAUCGGUUCCGGUGUCUCCAUCUUAUCCCUCAAGUGCAUUCGACUGGGAACCAUGGACGAUGCUUCAAAGGCCAACCUGACGCUCACUUCCGGGAUCCUGUUUAUUGUUGCAGGAGUUUGUUGCAUAGCUGGUGUAUCGAUCUACGGAAACAUGUUGGUGACAAACUUCUGGGAGGCAAACUUGUCAAUGCUUGGGAAUCAAGGGGGAGUUCAGCAGAGGUACACAUUUGGCUCGGCCUUGUUUAUAGGCUGGGUUUCUGGGGGCCUGCUUGUUAUCGGUGGAAUAGUGAUGUGUAUCUCGUGUCGAGGUCUGGUACCUGAGGAUACUCGGUACAAUUCGACCAUCUAUAAAGUCCCGAGCCGUGGGGGUCCCUACAAGACGGGCUACAAAGCCGGCACAAACUACGACACGGAAAUGACCCACGUGAGGAAAAGCUACCCCGACGAUAUCGAGUCAAAGAAAUCCGGCUACAACCGUAGCACCGAGGACUCCAAACGUGCUGCAUCCGGGAAAUACGACUAUGUGUAAACUUGCCGGUAACCCCAGGGUGAGAUUCUGAAACUUGGCCAGGGUUUGAUUUGUUAAACGCCCUUCUGAGAUACUUUUGCUCAGCUCACCUUCCUGACCUGUCACUCGCCGGUGUAGUUCUGAUGCUGAUAAGGAAGACCAGUGCAAUCAGUUGGGUAGGGUCCAGUUUCCACACAGACCAUGCAAUUCAACAUCAGCGGGGACCUCAAAGUGGACAGUAAGGGCCCUGCCGACCUAAUUUUUCAUUUGUGUUGAUGGAUGAGAGUAUAGCAUCCAUUUUGUAUCCCCACUGAAGUUGAAUGUUACCCCAAUGGACAACCCAUGUUUGAUUUGAGCUUUGACUAUAGUGCCCAUGCAUAUCACCCACACUGGGGAGUACAAAUACCCAUCAGUCAUCCUAAUGCUGCCAGAUAGAAAUUAGAUAAAACUUUUCAGGCCUGAAGGAAAUGGAAUGUGGACUCAGAGAUCAGUGCAGCCUCUAAAUGGGAUCAAGAAGCAACCAAACGAGUUUCCUAGAAGACAAUGGGUGAGGAAUACAAUGCUGGGCAGGUUACAAUGAUCUAUCCAAAAGGACUGGUAUUAUUGGACCAAAUACUCCACAUCCUCAAUCUGGAUCAUGCCCAGGCAAGCAGGCUGAGCUGGAGGGAGGUGGGAACUCUGGAAGUUUUCAUUAGCAGAUAAUCUUUCCAAUCUGGCAGGUUCACUUGGCAAUCAUGGAAGAUAACAGAGAACACCACUUCAUUUUUCUUCAGCAUCUCCCAUACCCGCGGAACAAGGAGAGGGAAGCUGGAAAGUCCAAAAGUCAAGUCCAGACUCAGUCGCAUUUCUAACAUUGUCAUUUGCCUCAAGAUGAUGCAAAGGAUUUUUUUUCCCAUCUCUCUCCGUGUUUCCAAGACCUUCCUGUCUUACCAACUCCCAAAUUCCCCCUUUCAGACAUUUGAAAUUCCAAAUCUCCUUCGCUUGCGGCUAAACAUGUCUCCAGCUCAAAACCCUCCACCUCCUCUACAUUCAUCUGCUGUUGACUUCAGUUACACUCCUGCUCACCUCUUCUUGUACUGAAGCAAGGUGUCAAGGCCAGGCCAAUGAAAUAGGUGACAGUGGAGACGGAGAAGGAGCAAGAAUGUUGAUGUCAAUGGCAGUAGAGAGAGCAACCGGAGAAGGUCAUUUUGCAUGCUAAAACAAGGAGACCACAUCAAUCCCAGGAAUGGUUGAAGUAUUCUUAGUGCCUUUUUAAAUCAAAACACCAACAAUAAGAGGGAGUACCCAACAUGGCUUAAUUGCACAGCUUAUCAAUCAGCAUUCCCAUUCAUCUUCCUUCACCUGGUUAGCACAAGGAUUGAUACACUGUUUGAUUAUUGUUUGCUUCUAAAUUUCUUUGCAACAAAGUCACGGCCCAGAAACAUUUCACAAUCUCACCCUUGUGGUUUAGGAGAGUGUUUGCGCUUUGUGGGAUUUUUUAAAGAAACUGUUGUGAAUGUGUGUUUUUUAUUAUUAUGUAUAAAUGGUGGGCUAAAGUGCGAGGCAUAUUAUCAUAAGAAACACCCACAACGGGGCCAGGAGUCAGGAAAACUCCACAGACUUUCAGAAGAUGCCAAAGUUCCAAACCCGCUUCCAACAGAGCUGAUGUCUUUUUUCGCUGUAAAGGAGCUGAGAAUAACAUACAAUGCAGGGGGACCGUCAAACUCUACAGCAUCAACUGAACUCUGUGCUGAGAUCAGUCAGAGCCCAAUGUGGCUGUUCCAAUUGCUCCACUUUAACCCACAGUGUAGGAAGUCAUGAGUUCAAGGAUUUCAUUCGAAUUAGGAAUUAGAAUCCCUACAGUGUGGAAACAGGCCCUUCGGCCCAACUAGUCCACACGACCCUUGGUGCUUCCCACCCAGACCCAUCCCCCUUUUACCCACCUAAUCUACAGACCCUGAACGCUAUGGGCAAUUUAGCAUGGCCAAUCUACCUAGCCUGCAUAUCUUUGGACUGUGGGAGAAAACCGGAGCACACGGAGGAAAGCCACACAGACACGGGGAGAAUGCACAAACUCCGCACGGACAGUUGCCCGAGGAUGCAAUCAAACCCGGGUCCCUGGUGCUGUAACAGACCCUCUCGAAGGAUAGAUAAAAUGUGUACAAGUGUCAUGGUUGGAGCUUUUCUUUUUCAAAUCUCCUGUUCUUGAAACUUGAAAUAAAAGUAGGUUUAAGCUGUUAUUGAGAAUCAAAACAGUAACACCAUUAAACAAACUGCUUUUAUUUGACAAGAUGUAAGUUUGGGGGGAUAAAAAUUCCCAUCUGCCCUUGCAGGUUCAACAGAGUCCCUUCGUUGACAUUUCACAAGAACUUCAUGACAUCAUUAUGAAUGCUUGGCGAGGCUUCAAAAGGUACAAUUAUCUCAGCACGAGAUUCUGAGUCCACAAUUUGAUUGGCAGCUUAAGGUGGCUAUUAAAUGAUUAACUGGCUUUAUGAAGAAGCUUGUUUUUUUUUAUUUAAUCUAUUUUUCUAAUCAAACUGUUCAGAGAUGUUAUUACAUGCUUCUGGAACAGGUGGGACUUGAACCUGUGUCUCUCAGUCCACUACAACUGCACCAUGAAAGUCCUCAGCUUAGUUCUUUUUUAAACUAAGGCAAGUCUGCCAAGUCCAGACAUAUUUCAACUUGAACUACCCUCUUGAAGGGGAAAGAUCCAGCUCAAUGUUUUAGAAGCUAACAUAACAUACAUGAUGGAAAAUCCAUAUUUUUCCACCUCUUGUUACAUACCUCACUCACUGGUUUAAUUUUCUCUUACAAUCUGUGUCUCUGGCCUGGUGGAAUUGAGCGCAAUUACCAAAUAAUUUCAUAUCCUUGUUAUUUUCUUGAAGUAUAACUUCACCCCAACAGAAGUACCUAACUUCAAACCUCUAUUUUUCACAAGAGAACAUCCUGACUUGGAACUGGAUAGCCAUUCCUUCACUGUCUCUCUACCAGCACUGUGAGUGUCAAUUCACCGCAUGGGGUGCAGCAGUUCAAGAGAGCAUUACCCCUAUCAAAUUGUCUGUAUCUCUGCUGUGUUUAGAUCUUUGACUUUAUGUUCUGUAACAAUUAGAGGUAUUCUUCCUUAAAAAACAAAUAAAAGUACGUAUUAA